AUGGCAGCUUUCAAUACCUCUCUCGACUCGAGCGAGCAAGAGGAGCUCUUGAAAGAAUACCAAAGUAAUCGGGUGAUGCCAGAGCUUCCACAAUUCGAGGAGCCUGUUCGGAAGACCUCCUCGCGUAAGCAACAUGAAGCUGAGAAGAACCAGCGGUCAGUGGCAUCCGAGAAGGCCGCAUCUUCUGUGGUAGAGGAAAAGCCCGUCUCGAAGGCGAGAGGGGGUGGCAGGAAAUCAAGCAAGGGCUCCAAGAAGGAGGCUAGUUCAUCACAAGUUGAAGCCAAGGAAGAAGUCGCUGUAUCUAAUACUACGAAGACCGUGACGAGAGCCAAGGCCAGCAAUAAGCCCUCGACUCUAACGCUCUCCGGAAGAUCGAGUUGCGCAACACUCGGCAUCGACGUCGAACUCUUCCGCCGCUGCGUUCGACAGUGGAACCUGAAGUCGUUGAACUGGCGCAUUUGCCAAGCUGGAUGUCGGACUAUCAGAAUAGGAGGGCUCAAUGCCGCCAACCUCCACGAGUUCCGUCUACGUCUGAAGUUGAUAAAAUUGAUUUGUAUGCGGGUCCGUUCUGUGUAUUGA